ACAUCCAGUCCCAUUCUGCCUGAGGUAACCCAGAGUUCAAGUUGCCUGACCACUGCACCUAUUGCCUACGUCUUUGUUCGACUUUCUUUGGGGACGCUUCAAGUCGUCUAACACCGCGGACGGCUGGAACCAUGGUUCAUGGGUAUAAAGGGGUCCAGUUCCAAAACUGGGCGAAGACCUAUGGCUGCUGUCCAGAGAUGUACUACCAGCCCACCUCAGUGGAGGAGGUCAGAGAGGUGCUGACCCUGGCUCGGCAGCAGAACAAGAGAGUAAAGGUGGUGGGUGGUGGCCACUCCCCUUCAGACAUCGCCUGCACUGACGGCUUCAUGAUCCACAUGGGCAAGAUGAAUCGGGUUCUCCAGGUGGACAAGGAGAAGAAGCAGGUAACAGUGGAAGCUGGGAUCCUCCUGACCGACCUCCACCCACAGCUGGACAAGCAUGGCCUGGCCAUGUCCAAUCUAGGAGCAGUGUCUGAUGUGACAAUUGCUGGCGUCAUUGGAUCUGGAACACAUAACACAGGGAUCAAGCAUGGCAUCCUGGCCACCCAGGUGGUGGCCCUGACCCUGAUGACGGCUGAUGGGGCAGUUCUGGAAUGCUCUGAGUCAAGCAACGCAGAUGUGUUCCAGGCUGCACGGGUGCACCUAGGCUGUCUGGGCGUCAUCCUCACCGUGACCCUGCAGUGCGUGUCACAGUUCCAGCUGCAGGAGACGUCCUUUCCUUCCACCCUCAAGGAGGUGCUGGACAACCUGGACAGCCACCUCAAGAAGUCAGAAUACUUCCGCUUCCACUGGUUUCCUCACAGUGAGAAUGUCAACAUCAUCUACCAAGACCACACCAAUAAGGCCCCCUCCUCUGCAUCUAAUUGGUUUUGGGACUAUGCCAUUGGGUUCUACCUAUUGGAGUUCUUGCUCUGGAUCAGCACCUACCUGCCAUGCCUCGUGGGCUGGAUCAACCGCUUCUUCUUCUGGCUGCUGUUCAGCCACAAGAAGGAGAGCAGCAACCUCAGCCACAAGAUCUUCACCUACGAAUGUCGCUUCAAGCAGCAUGUCCAAGACUGGGCCAUCCCCAGGGAGAAGACCAAGGAGGCUCUACUGGAGCUGAAGGCCAUGCUGGAGGCUCACCCCAAUGUGGUAGCCCACUUCCCUGUGGAGGUGCGCUUCACCCGAGGUGAUGAAAUCCUGAUGAGCCCCUGCUUCCAGAGGGACAGUUGCUACGUGAACAUCAUCAUAUACAGGCCCUAUGGCAAGGAUGUGCCUCGGCUGGACUACUGGCUGGCUUAUGAGACCAUCAUGAAGAAGUUUGGAGGCAGACCCCACUGGGCAAAGGCCCACAAUUGCACCAGGAAGGACUUUGAGAAGAUGUACCCCGCCUUUAAAAAGUUCUGUAACAUUCGUGAGAAGCUGGACCCCACUGGGAUGUUCUUGAACUCAUAUCUGGAGAAGGUGUUCUACUAAAUAAAGCAGGACUGGCGGCAACCACCCCCACCCCUCAUGCCCUGAAGUCUUUGGGGGAUGGAACGCUGUCCCACAGGCACAAUGGGGGCUGACCUCCACUCCUGACCAUACAGGAGGCCUGGGCUCUGGGCGGGGCCUCUCUGCUCCCUUUUCCACCAUCUUCAAAGCACCCCGGGCAAGAGGUGGCCUCUCACUCAAAUUCCUGUUUUCAUUCCCAUGAGUCCCACACACACUACAAUCGUCCAGACUGGGGAUUUGGACAUGCCUAGACUCCGCCAGUCAGCCAGGUGCAGUGAGGCUCCCAAGGCCUGCGGUUCUCCAGAUCUCUUCAGAAGGGAUCCCUUGGCAAGAGUUUCAGCACAGAGGUGGCAUGGAGUAUGCUCUGCUUUCUUUUCUCUUUAAAAGUUCUUCGGAUGCCCAGAGACUGUUGGUCCUGGGCAAGUCCUCUUCCAGAUAGGUCCCCUUGGCCUGACUGGCGUGGCCUGGCUCUCACCUCUUUCAGGAGGUGUUCAGAGUGGAAUUCACCUCAUCUGUGUGUCUCUCCCAUCACCUUAGAGACAGGUCUUAGGAGCAGGGUCUCACCCUGUACCUGGCUUUCCCUGGGUACUGUUCUCACCUUCUUCACAAAUGUGAUUUCAGUUUGCUCUGGGGUGUUACUUGGAGAACCAAGAUGCUCCAGCUACUUUGCAAAAAUUAAAAGACUCUGAAGAUA